UGUCUAACUAUUAGACAAAUAGUCGUGUUUAAUGAGUUAAACUAGGUGUCAAACUUCAUUUUUGCAGUGACACGAAUAUACCAAACUGCUAGGCCAAAAUGAACUACUAGACACGGACGCAUUUCAUAUUUCCCUAUAUAUAGAUAAACAGCAACGAAUACGUAUAUCUUUUUUCUCUAUAUGUAUAAGGGAAAAGUCAAAAAGUCUCAGCACUAUUCGUAAUGUAGACAUAGCGUAAUAAAUUUGCAUACUAACAAUUUCAUCAUAUAGAGAGAAAGUCAUAACCCCAAAGUUGCAGUCUUAAAAGUUGAAGAGCUUGUAAGCUCGUAACAUCUUAUUUUUAAAGCUUAUAAAACACUUCUCCUAAACACCCUCCUAAACCAGCCACUUUUACUAUGGAAAAUUGACAUUAUUUAUAGACACACUGGUCAUGGGGAUGCUUCUUAAUUUGCAGACGCACAAACACAAAUCCACCAGCCCUAACUUGCUUGAAACAACCUACCAAUUCUCCUUUUCAAACACAAGAUUGCCUGAAAAUGAUGGCAUUCACUUUCAUGGUAACUCCCAAAGAACCAGAACUCAUUGUCCCUGCCCAACCCACUCCUCAUGAAAUCAAAGCAUUAUCUACUUUAGAUGAUCAAGAAACCCUAAGGUGUCACUAUCCCAUGAUCAUGUUCUACAAGAGCAAACCUUCUAUGGAAGGACUGAAUCCUGUCAAGAUCAUAAGAGAAGCACUUGCAAAAACACUUGUGUAUUACUACCCUUAUGCAGGUAGGCUUAUUGAAGGGCCUGAUAACAAGUUUAUGGUGGAUUGCACGGCAGAAGGGGUGGUCUUCGUGGAGGCUGAUGCUAGUGUCAGCAUUGUCCAGCUCGGUGACACAGUUCAGCCACCUUGCCGGUACCCGGAAUUGCUUGUCUCUGAUGUCCCAGGCUCUGAUGGGAUGCUUGGCUGUCCAUUGAUGUUGGUUCAGGUAACUCGAUUUAAGUGUGGAGGAUUUGUCUUAGCCAUUCGCUUCAACCACGUGAUAAGCGAUGCACUUGGCUCACUUCAGUUUGUGACUACCAUGAGCGAGAUGGCGAAAGGUGCACCAACUCCGUCCAUACUACCUGUAUGGAAAAGGGAGCUCUUAACUGCUAGACAUCCACUGCAUGUCACCCAUACACAUCCUGAAUACGAAGAAGAGGGAAAAAGCAUCAUUCCAUCUAGUUUAAAUGACAAGAACCUAGUAAGACGAAGCUUUUCUUUUGGCCCCAAAGAAAUCAAAGCUAUUCGGAAAAAUCUCCCUGCAGAACUUCAUUCAACCUCCAGAUUUGAUUUAAUCACAGCGUGUCUGUGGAGAUCACACACAAGGGCCAUACAAUUUGACCCUGAUGAUGACGUGCGAAUCAUGUGCAUGGUUAAUGUGCGCGGUAAAAAUUGCCUAGACUUACCUUCGGGUUACUAUGGUAAUGCAAUAAUCUGUCCAGCAAAAGUCUCCAAGGCAAAAAUACUAUGUGAAAGUCCAUUAAGUUAUGCAAUAAAGCUAGUGAAAGAAGCUAGGAGACAAGCCACCCCAGAAUAUUCAAGAUCAACAAUAGACUUUAUUGCUACAAAAGAAAGACCUAAACUCACAAGUCCAUGGAAUUUUAUUGUAUCAGAUACAUCUAAAGUUGGAUUUGAUGAGGUUGAUUUUGGUUGGGGAAAUCCAAUAUAUGGAGGAACAAUGUAUGGUGGCACCUUCCACUAUAUUGUUUAUGCUCAUCAGCGCAAUCAGAAAGGGGAGGAUGUGAUGGUGGUGCCAAUGACCUUGCCUGUUGCAGUAAUGGAGAGGUUCGAGGAUGAGCUUAGGAUAUUGCUCUGCGAUCUAAUGAAAAAUUCAAGUUCUCUGAGUCCCAUCAUGGUUCCUUCUAAACUCUAA